AUGGACGCAGAAUCCUGGACACCUCCAGUCCAACGUCCACCCAGCCCGGCACCAGAACUCGACGAACCUUUCGACGAAGAUUCAGCCAUGGCAGGUAAGAACUGGUCUCCUCACAGCUCCAACGUCAGUCCAAGGACUAGAGGCCUCGGGUUCGAUGGGAGUAUUUCCAAUUACAACGCUUUCAUCCGGUCAGACAGCUUUCGCAUGAGCACCAUCACAGAUCUGCAAAGGCCGGUCUCUACGGGCGGAAUGGGUCACUACAAUGAAAAUCAGCAAAGCAACGGACGGACGGCGAAGUUGCACAUGGGAUUUAAAUCGGAUUGCGACAAGUGUAUUGCCAGAGUUCCUGGCCACUAUAGUCACAUUAUGUGGUCGUAA